UCGCAAGUUGUUUUGCAGCUAAAGAAAACGUGAUCCGUGGACUUAUAUUAACUUAGCGUUUCUCUACAAUGUCUGAUUGUGCUGAGUAUCCCAAUUUUAAGCUUGGGGAGUCUCGUUUCGAUCAGGGUUCCUUUUAUGGCAGGUUGAGACACUUUUUGGAUGUGAUUGACCCCCGCACACUCUUCGUGUCUGAGCGCCGUCUGAAGGAGUGUAUCGCACUCUUGGAGCAUUUUAAAAAUGGCACCUUACCUCCAGGCAUAACCAACGCACAGCUUUGGGAAGCUCAGAAAGUGAAACAGGCCAUCAUUCAUCCUGACACAGGAGAGAAGAUCCCCAUGCCCUUUCGCAUGUCAGGUUAUGUGCCCUUUGGUACACCAGUGGUGAUAGGCCUUCUGCUUCCCAAUCAGACCCUGGCCUCCACUAUCUUCUGGCAGUGGUUGAACCAGAGUCACAAUGCAUGUGUUAACUACUGCAAUCGUAAUGCCACCAAGCCCACACCAGUGUCAACGUUUGUGCAGGGUUACAUGGGAGCAGUCAGCAGUGCAGUAACCAUAGCAGUAGGACUCAAUAUUCUGAUUCAGAGAGCUGAGCGUUUCAGUCCAGCCACACGGGUUUUGAUCCAAAGAUUCGUCCCUUUCCCCGCCGUAGCCACUGCCAACGUAUGUAACGUGUUGCUGAUGCGCCACAGUGAGCUGGCAGAGGGCAUCAGCGUGCUGGACGACAGUGGGAAUGUGGUUGGCACAUCUAGACUGGCUGCCAGGCAUGCGCUUUUGGAGACAGCUGUGACACGUGUGGUCCUGCCUAUGCCUAUCCUGGUUCUGCCGCCCAUGGUGAUGGCCCUGCUGGAGAGACUUCCUGUGUUCCCGAAACGCAGGCAUCUCGUGCUGCCGGUACACAGUCUGGUUUGUUUGUCUGCCUUCAGUCUAGCCUUGCCACUUGCCAUUAGCCUGUUCCCUCAGAACAGUCAGAUCGCCGUGUCUCGCCUUGAGCCUGAGAUUGCCGCGGCAACAAAGUGCCCGGUUGUCACCUACAACAAGGGUCUAUGACCUAUCAAAACACUCGAUCCCACUUUGGUGCAUAAGUGUAGAUACAGUGCAGGGCACCAGACACAAGUGCAGAAUCAAUCACUGGUUUUUAACAUUCACAUGCCUCACUAUUGUUCAUAGGGCAUUCACUCAGAAGUGGCUAUGAUAUCAUCCAUGCACAGGGUCUUACCUGUGUACUGUGUGUGUGUGUGUGUGUGUGUGUGUGUGUUUGGUGUCUAUACACACACUAAAGCAUGCACCCACACAUAAGUGCAGCUAACCUGAGUAUGUAUAGAUCUGUUGCUGUGGGUUCGUGUGUCGCUGAGACUGAAUCAUUAUUGUAAUCUCAGAUUAUUGUCUUCAUAAUGUCUACUAAGUUGCUUUUCUGUUUACUGUGAUGUGGGUGUGAAAUAUUACAGACCAAAAAACCAAAACGUGUGGAACUAACAUCCUAGAGUCUCUUUGAAUGUCAUUCAUUAAAACACAUUUAAUUUGAA